CUUCGCCUUCCUGAGCGCCCCCAGAGUGCAGGACAGACCUGAUGCCGCUGCCGCCGAAUAGAAUGGCAGGUUUUCAGAAAAGCUGUUAUGGAACUAUGGCUGAAGGUGGAGUGGAAGAUAACUGGGUUGCUACAUCCUCCUCGCUGAGGAUCAUCCUGGUGGGCAAAACAGGCAGUGGGAAAAGUGCCACAGGGAACAGCAUCCUCUGCCAGCCAGUGUUUGAGUCCAGGCUGGAUGCCCAGUUGGUGACCAGGAGAUGCCAGCGCGAGAUGGGCACGUGGAACGGGAGGAGCCUCCUUGUCGUCGACACGCCCCCCAUCUUUGAGUCCAAGGCCCAGACCCAUGAGGUGUACGAGGAGAUCGGACACUGCUACCUGCUGUCUGCCCCAGGGCCCCACGUGCUGCUCCUGGUAUCCCAGCUGGGACGCUUCACAGACCAGGACAGCAUGGCAGUGAGGAGGCUGAAGGAGGUGUUUGGGGCAGAUGCCAUGAGGCACGUGGUCAUGCUCUUCACCCACAGGGAGGACUUGGAGGGCCGGUCCCUGGAUCAGUAUGUCGCCAACACGGACAACCUCGGCCUGAAGGGCGCGGUCCUGGAGUGCGGGAGGCGAUUCUGUGCCUUCGACAACAGGGCCUCUGGGGAGGAGCAGCAGAGGCAGCUGGCAGAGCUCAUGGCCGUGAUCGCGGGGCUGGAGCGGGAGCUGGAGGGCUCCUUCUACAGCAACGACCUCUUCUUUCAGGCACAGGUGCUACAGCAAGGUGGACAAGGGCCCAUGGAAGGAGACUACAGGCGCUUCCUGGCCAAGGUGAAGCUGCAGGUGGAAAGGCAGAAGCAGGAGCUGAGAGAGCGUGAGAGCAGCUGUCCGCUCCAGGCCCUGCUCAGAGUCAAGAACUGGGUGACUUCCCACCUCAUCCUCUGUGCCUUUCUCACUAUAUGCGGUUUGAUUUUUCUUGCCAUUUUGAUUAGCGUGUGAGUUACUGGUGGAUGCUGAGCGUUUUCAGGCGAUGUUUGCCAUCAGCUUUGUUUUUCCUAAAUGAGCAUCUCUGUGUGUGCACAGCACUUUGUCCCCUUUGUACCCAGUUUCACCCUC